AUGGACUCCCCAAUAGACUCCGUUUUCGAGGACGAUGGUGCUAGUUCUGAUUUCAUCCCAGAGGUGCCGAAGUCCAAAGCAAAGGCUCCCAAGAAAGCUGCUACAGCGACCAAGCCCAGAGCCCCUGCGAAAAAGACGGCUAAAGCCUCUGCUAAGCCGAAAGGUGCAGCUGCCACCAAAAAGAAGGCGAAAGUAGACACCGAGGAAGAACUUUCAGAUUACGAUGAAGCUGGCGGUGACGAUGUCGCGUCCUUACUCUCAGCUACUCCCCCAAAUGCUGCUGCGAAGGGGAAGAAAUCUGGGGGUUCCAAAAAGACAUCUAGCAAGCCCCUGGGGAAUGUGGAAAAUGAAUCGUUCGGAAUGGAUGGCGCAGCUACCCCAAAGGAGAGCAGUGAGAGGUACCAGAAACUUACCCAACUAGAACACAUCAUUAAACGACCAGACACAUACAUCGGCUCUAUCGAGCGGUCAACGAACCAAAUGUGGGUUUACAACUCAGAAUCCGAGUCAAUGGAGUUUCGAGAAGUUUCGUAUGUGCCUGGUCUCUACAAAAUAUUUGAUGAGAUUCUGGUCAACGCUGCCGAUAAUAGGCACAACGAUAAAAACAUGGACGAGAUUCGGGUCACGGUAAACAGGGAAUCUGGCGAAAUAAGUGUCUGGAACAAUGGUCGCGGCAUUCCCAUUGAGAUACACUCGAGAGAAAAAGUCUACAUACCUGAGCUGAUUUUCGGUCACCUCCUUACCUCGUCCAACUACAAUGACGACCAACAAAAGGUGACUGGUGGACGUAACGGUUAUGGUGCCAAGCUCUGUAAUAUCUUCAGCACGGAAUUUACUCUCGAAACCGCAGACUCAAAGUUAAAGAAGAAAUACAAACAAACAUGGACCGACAAUAUGUCCAAGAUGGGAAAGCCAAAGAUAACGGAUUGCAAAGGCGAUGACUAUACCAAGGUUACAUUCACUCCAGACUUCAAGAAGUUCGGAAUGGACGGGAUCGAUGACGACUUCGAGGCUCUGGUUAAGCGUCGAGUCUAUGACCUGGCAGGGACUUGCAAGGUCACAGUUAAAUUAAACGGAUCGCGCGUCCCCGUCCGCAAUUUCAAACAGUAUAUGCAAAUGUAUACUAAUGCCAUCAAAAAAGAGCGAGGUGAAGAAGCUUCCAGGGACAAAUCCGAGAUCAUCACUGACAACCCAGACCCCCGAUGGGAAAUCGGGUUUGCUGUCUCGGAUGGUUCGUUUCAGCAGGUUUCAUUUGUUAACUCCAUUGCGACAACAUCAGGCGGCUCCCAUGUCAAUACAGUUGCCGACCAGAUUUGUAACAAACUUGUGGAGGUGGUUAAAAAGAAGAACAAAACCGGUGCCACCCUUAAACCAGCCCAAAUUCGAAAUCACAUAUUUGUAUUUGUGAACUCGCAGAUCGUCAACCCUGCGUUUACAUCCCAGACUAAGGAACAGUUGACAACGAAGCCGAGCCAGUUUGGCAGCAAAUGUGUCUUGUCGGAUGAUUUCCUCAAAAAGAUCCUGAAAACGCAAGUGAUGGAAAAUAUUAUGCAUUUCGCUGAGAAGAAGGCUGAUCAAAUCCUGAAAAAGUCGGACGGCAAUCGACGAUCACGCAUGAACAACCCGAAACUAACUGAUGCGAAUAAAGCUGGAACGAAAGACGGACAUCACUGUACUCUCAUUCUGACUGAAGGAGAUUCUGCAAAGGGACUGGCUAUGGCCGGCCGAGCCAUUGUUGGACCUGAUCUUUUUGGUGUAUUCCCUUUGCGCGGAAAACUGCUCAAUGUUCGGGACGCCUCUGUUGAUCAGAUAUCUAAAAAUGCAGAAAUCCAAAACAUCAAAAAUUUCCUCGGGCUCCAACACAAGAAAGAAUAUACCGACACCAAGGGCCUCCGCUACGGACAUCUCAUGAUAAUGACUGAUCAGGAUCAUGAUGGAAGCCAUAUCAAGGGCCUAUUGAUCAACUUUUUCCAAGUUGCAUUCCCAAGUUUGCUUAAAAUACCCCAGUUCUUGAUCGAAUUUAUCACACCCAUCGUCAAAGUGUGGAAGGGAGAUCCGAAGAACCCAACGAUAUCCAAAUCCUUUUUCACAAUGCAAGAAUACGAAACAUGGCUAGAGAUCCAUGGCCACGAUAAACGGUGGGAAAAGAAGUACUACAAGGGUUUGGGUACCAGUACGACAGAUGACGCCGAAAUUUAUUUCCGUGACUUGGACAGGCAUCUGAAGCAAUUCCAUGUCAUGCGGGAUCAUGAGGCAGAGCUUAUAGAUCUUGCAUUUUCAAAGAAAAAGGCCGAUGAGCGGAAAGAGUGGCUUCGUCAGUUUAAGCCUGGUACUUUCCUAGACCAUACGACUGAAGAGAUCACCUAUACUGAUUUCAUCAACAAGGAACUUAUCCUUUUCAGUAUGGCUGACAACAUCCGUUCUAUCCCUUCCGUUAUUGACGGUUUGAAACCGGGACAACGUAAAGUCCUAUAUACCUGCUUCAAGCUCAAUGUCAAAAAAGAUAUGAAAGUAGCCGAGCUCAGUGGUUACGUUCUUGGACUGACUGCCUAUCAGCAUGGAGAUGCGUCGUUACAGCAAACCAUUAUCGGCCUAGCUCAGAACUUUGUAGGAUCAAACAAUAUCAACUGCUUGGAGCCAAGUGGAAACUUCGGUUCUCGUUUGCAAGGUGGAUCUGACGCUGCUAGCCCACGUUAUAUCUAUACCCGACUUUCACCGUUUGCCAGACGAAUAUUCCACGAGGCAGAUGGGCCUCUGCUGACAUAUAACGUUGAUGAUGGCCAGGUAAUCGAGCCGGAGACUUACUUCCCCGUUGUGCCUAUGAUUUUGAUCAACGGUGCUGACGGCAUCGGAACUGGCUGGAGCACUUCCAUUCCGAACUACAAUCCUGAGGAAAUUGUCGCGAAUAUAAAGCGUCUCAUGGUUGGUGAACCUGUGGUCCCUAUGCAGCCUUGGUUCCGAGGGUUUACUGGGGAGGUUGUCUCGAUGGGUGGGGAACGGUACAAAUUUAGCGGGAGAUUCUCGCAAAUUGGAGACAAUGAAAUCGAAAUCACCGAGCUACCCAUCCGUUCCUGGACGCAGGACUUUAAAGAUCGUCUCGAGGAAAUCAUCAAGGCGGAAAAAAUCCCCUCGUUCAUCAAGGACUACAAGGACUACAAUACCCAUACCAAAGUCCACUUUGUAAUUCAGUUGGAUGAGAAACACGCAAAGAAGGCAAUCGCUGAAGGCCUGGAAGAGAAGCUCAAACUAACCAAAACCCUCGCCACUUCAAAUCUCGUGGCGUUUGAUUCCGAAGGGCGAAUCACCAAGUACGAGUCCCCCGAGCAUAUCCUUCAAGAAUUCUAUUCUGUCAGGAUUAAGCUAUAUGAAAAGCGGAAGCAACAUCAACUUUCCCAGAUGCAGAAAGAUCUGGAGAAACUGAGCAACCAAGCUCGGUUUGUUCAGAUGAUUAUCGACGGGAAGCUUGUUAUUUCGAAAAAGCCAAAGGCACAGUUGGUGCAAGAGCUGAAGGAGAAGGGUUUCAAAGCUAUAGCUAAGGUUUCUGACGCUGCCAAGCAAGGCGAAAAGGCACCUGUCGUGAAUCGGGACGACGAGGAAAGUAGCGACAGCGAGGAUACGGAGCUUGCCGCUAAUUCUUUCGACUAUUUGCUUGGUAUGCCAUUGUGGUCUUUGACCAAGGAAAGAGUGGAAAAGCUUCGUCGCCAAAUUGGAGAUAAGGAAAUUGAGAUUGAUACACUUAUCAAGCUGUCCAAAGAAGAUAUCUGGAGAGCUGAUCUCGAUGCUUUCCUAGAGGAAUGGAAAUUCCAACUUGAGGACGAAGGUCGCCGUCAAGCUAAGCGUGCGAAGAGUGCCCGUCGCGUAUCUACGAAACUCAAGACGGCUACUAAAGGUGGUAAGAAACGCAAGGCUGCCGAUGACGAUGAUAGUGAUUUCGGCCUUCCUAAACCGAAGAAAUCUGCCAAAUCAACUACUAUGAAUCGAAUAAAGCCGCAGGCCGACCUUCUUAACUAUGUGAGCAGUAAUGCGUCUAGGAAACCUAAACCGAGCAGCGACAAGGGUUUUGGUGGUGCCGACGGUGCGAGCGGUUUGGAUGAUGAGGAUGAUUUCGAACCAGAAAUCCUCCCAACUAGGAAGCCGAGAGCUGCUUCUUCUAAACCUAUGAAGCCUAUUGAGCUUGACGGGUUGAGCGAUUUCGACGAAUUUGAGCCGAAAGUCAAAGAAACUUCUAGGACGGCAUCCCCAAAGCCUGCCGAGCCCCGUGAUGUGGAUAUGGACACAGGGAUUGGUGGACCAAGUGAACCUGAUGAUAUUCAACCGAUGCCUGUGCCUCCCAAGAAAACGAAAGCACAACCCUCGAAAGGAAAGCCAGGGAAGUCAGCUGCUGCACUUGAAAGCGAUUUCGAAGAAUCUAAGUCUGCAGCUUUGCCGGAGAAGAAAAGUAGGAAAGCGGCUCCUCCACCUCAGAGGAUUCCCCUGAACGAUGAUGAUGGCUCAGAUGUGGAAAUCGUAUCGAGAAGGCCCGCACGCCAAGCGAGAACGAAUCGCAAACCUAUCACGUUCAACAACUCAAGCGAGUCUGACAGCGACGAUGGUGAUGAUUUGCUUGGGGAUGUCAGCCAGAUGGUGAAGGGAAUUGGCCGUUCUGCCGACGCAUCAUCGGAGUGUCGUACUCUUUUUUCCGAACUCUCACGCCCAGGUACUAGCGCCGGCACUAAACCGGCGACAUCGUCAUCAUCAAAAACUCCCAAAGCCACUAGUAACGAUAUUUUUGAUCCCGAUGAAACGGACUACUCGAAACUUAUUCCUCAGAAUUCUCCGAGGAGGUCGCUUCUAGUGAAACCUAAGGAUGCUAAAUUUUCCAGUGAUGAGGGUGAGGGUGCAGGUAGCGAUUCGGACGCGGUCGUCACUUCAAGGUCAGCGGCAGCUGCUAGAGCAAAGCCUAGUACCGCCCCUCGGAAGCCCGCUGCAAAAACAACCAAGUCUACCUCUACCGCCAGAAAGCCCACUACCAAACCCAAAGCCACCGCUGCGGCCCCAGCCAAGAAAACCGUCCUUUCCCCCGCCGCCAAAGCCUAUGCUGCGAAGAAAGCUAAGUCGCAGAAACUAACAGAUUCACUGUCCGAUGAUGACGGCGGCGAUGAUAUCGAUGCGAUGGCGAAUGACAUUCUCGAUUCCCCGGUACCAGCUAGAAAGGGAAAGGGUAAAGGAAAGGGACGGCAUGAUAGUUUCGAUGUGGAUGAUUCCGAAGAUGAGGUGGUUGCUCCAGUGCCAGCACGGACCGCUGGGGGUCGUCCAUCACGUCGGGCAGCCGCGGUAGCAAAGAAACCUACGUACGUAGUUGAUGUUGAUAGCGAUGAGGAAGAUGAGGAAGAUGAUGGCGAUGGGUCGAGUGAAGAGUUUUCUGAUAUUGAUUAG